AUGCCAGAGCCACCUUCAGGUACACCUGACCAUGUCGUAGAAGCUCGUUUGAAGGCCAGUGCAAAUGCUCGCCUGACAGCGCUGCGUCAGAUCAAUGUGCUUCUUAAUGCGGCAGUACUACAGAUGAACGCAUACCUUAACGCUUCCACGGAUACCAAUAACCCAUGGUUGAAUGGCUUCAAUCCUACAGUAUCAUCGGCAGAUGCCGUUGGAGUGAUACAGAAUGAUUCGGACAGGUAUGUUCAUUCGUGGUUUGUCAGUCUGUCCGCAAACACCUGGUGCUGGACCGCAGUAGUUGGAUCAGCAAAUUAUACUCAUCGGACUAAGGUGGUUGAGACAUACAAUGUUCGUACUCGACAACCGUCGUGCA